CUGCUCUGGCGUUGUGCAAACGAAAACGUUUGUAGCGCACAAUAAUAAUAUUAUAAAAACUGUUUUACCUAUUUAAUCUGUGGCAGACUGCUGUGGCGAUCAUUGUUUCAAUUUUUGAAGUCCAUAUCCAGUUGAUGACGGUCAAGACCGGUUGUUAAAACGUCACGAUAUAAUUACUAUAGUGCUCAGAAUUUCCAUUAAAUUAUCAAACGCCUUACGUCGUUAUGUGCGUUUGAGUCGUAUUGUCGGUCAACACGUUAUACGCGUUAAAUGUAAUAAUAAUAUCGCAGAAAUUCGACCCAGUGACUGCGUCUGUGGCACAACAACAACUUGGCAAUAAGUACAUACCACUGUUGUGUAGUGUUCUUGAAAGUAAAUCUCAACGUUUGGCAUUGAAGAUCCGUCGGCCGUUUGAGUGUUAUCGGUGGCAAUGGCCGAAAGAGAUUGCGACACGGCUGAAGGCGACGUGAACGCGUCGCCCAAAAAGUGUAUAUUUUGCGAUAUUAUCGCUCAAAAUGAUCCAGCCAAAAUAGUCAAGCAAGGUGAAAAAUUCGUCAUCGUCAAAGACAUUCAUCCAGUGGCUACGCAUCAUUUUUUGGUGUUAAGUCGUGAUCAUAUCGCUACCGCCAAAAGCCUACAACCCACACCCAAAGACCGAGAGUUGCUCGACUGCAUGUAUGGUGCUGCAAAACAAGUGCUGUUGGAUAACGGAGUGGACACGUUAUCGAAUUCAAGGUUUGGUUUUCAUUGGCCGCCGUUCUAUUCUGUGGGACAUUUGCAUCUACACGCCAUUAGUCCCGUUAGCUCGAUGGCUUGGUACUGUCGGUACAUACAGUUCAACACGACCAUGUCGUUUUGUUUUGUCGACGUGAAUUAUGUACGCAAACGUAUUGGGUGCAUUGUCGAUAAAACCGAAGAGAGCGAUUGUUCUAUAGAAAAAAACAAACUGUGAUUGAUUUUCUGCAGGUAUCACGGCCGUUUGAAAUUUACACAAAUUUAAAUUUUGUUUUUUUUCUAUUAUUAUUAUUAUUAUUUUCUACACUUUUUACUGUUAACUAUUCGGACGAUCAAAUGGUGUAAAUGAUCAAAAUCAAAAUAUUUUAUAGUUAUUAGUACAAAAUUUAUAAACCAUCGUUAUUGGUGAGAAAAAUAGUAUAGUUUUUUAAAUAUUUUUUCAAUGUAUAACAUAGCUGUUGUCUUUUAUACAUAUUUUGUAUGUUACUCAAAAACCAAACUAUGUAAUAAUCGUAAAAAAUUGGUUUUGGAUUUUUUCCGUUUUUUUGUAACGCGUUUUAGUGUUUAUUUUUAUUAAUAGGAU